CUCUCUCUCUCUCUCACUGUCCACAUCUCUCCAACAAGAGAAAUACUUUACACACUUGCAGCAACUCUUCCCCAGAUGGCCUCCAUCACCAACUGGCUCGGCUUCUCCUCCUCCUCCUUCUCCGGCGCCGGCGCCGACCCCGUCCUGCCCCACCCGCCGCUGCAAGGCAAGACCAGCCAUCUCAUGCACCGUGGCUCAAAUCUUUUCCCUUUUCAUCAUCUUUUUUUCUCUGUAUUUUGAUUGAUGGGAAAAUUGAUUGUGUUGAUGUGCAGAGUGGGGGAGCGCUUAUGAGGGCGGCGGCACGGUGGCGGCCGCCGGCGGGGAGGAGACGGCGGCGCCGAAGCUGGAGGACUUCCUCGGCAUGCAGGUGCAGCAGGAGACGGCCGCCGCGGCGGCGGGGCACGGCCGUGGAGGCAGCUCGUCGGUCGUUGGGCUGUCCAUGAUCAAGAACUGGCUACGCAGCCAGCCGCCGCCCGCGGUGGUUGGGGGAGAAGACGCUAUGAUGGCGCUCGCGGUGUCGACGUCGGCGUCGCCGCCGGUGGACGCGACGGUGCCGGCCUGCAUUUCGCCGGAUGGGAUGGGGUCGAAGGCGGCCGACGGCGGCGGCGCGGCCGAGGCGGCGGCGGCGGCGGCGGCGCAGAGGAUGAAGGCGGCCAUGGACACGUUCGGGCAGCGGACGUCCAUCUACCGGGGUGUCACCAAGCACAGGUGGACAGGAAGGUAUGAAGCCCAUCUUUGGGAUAACAGCUGCAGAAGAGAAGGUCAGACUCGCAAAGGCAGACAAGUAUAUCUUGGAGGAUAUGAUAAGGAAGAAAAAGCUGCUAGGGCUUAUGAUUUGGCUGCCCUUAAAUACUGGGGCACUACAACGACGACGAAUUUUCCGGUAAGCAACUACGAAAAAGAGUUGGAUGAAAUGAAGCACAUGAAUAGGCAGGAAUUUGUUGCAUCCCUUAGAAGAAAAAGCAGUGGAUUUUCACGUGGUGCUUCCAUAUAUCGUGGUGUUACAAGACACCAUCAGCAUGGAAGGUGGCAAGCAAGGAUAGGACGGGUGGCAGGAAACAAGGAUCUGUAUUUGGGCACAUUUGGCACCCAAGAGGAAGCUGCAGAGGCAUAUGAUAUCGCUGCAAUCAAAUUCCGUGGUCUCAAUGCUGUGACAAACUUUGACAUGAGCCGGUACGAUGUCAAGAGCAUCAUUGAAAGCAGCAAUCUCCCAAUUGGUACUGGAACCACCCGGCGAUUGAAGGACUCCUCUGAUCACACUGAUAAUGUCAUGGACAUCAAUGUCAAUACCGAACCCAAUAAUGUGGUAUCAUCCCACUUCACCAAUGGGGUUGGCAACUAUGGUUCGCAGCAUUAUGGUUACAAUGGAUGGUCGCCAAUUAGCAUGCAGCCGAUCCCCUCGCAGUACGCCAACGGCCAGCCCAGGGCAUGGUUGAAACAAGAGCAGGACAGCUCUGUGGUUACAGCGGCGCAGAACCUGCACAAUCUACAUCAUUUUAGUUCCUUGGGCUACACCCACAACUUCUUCCAGCAAUCUGAUGUUCCAGACGUCACAGGUUUCGUUGAUGCGCCUUCGAGGUCCAGUGACUCAUACUCCUUCAGGUACAAUGGAACAAAUGGCUUUCAUGGUCUCCCGGGUGGAAUCAGCUAUGCUAUGCCGGUUGCGACAGCGGUGGACCAAGGUCAGGGCAUCCAUGGCUAUGGAGAAGAUGGUGUGGCAGGCAUUGACACCACACAUGACCUGUAUGGCAGCCGUAAUGUGUACUACCUUUCCGAGGGUUCGCUUCUUGCCGAUGUCGAAAAAGAAGGCGACUAUGGCCAAUCUGUGGGGGGCAACAGCUGGGUUUUGCCGACACCGUAGUCAGAGAUGGUGGAGAAGGCUGACAAUGUGACGGUUUGCCAUGGGAUGCCUCUGUUCUCAGUCUGGAAUGAUGCUUAGCUGGGUGGAGAAUUAGCUAUAGUAGUUACUGAAAAGGUGAUAUUAACAGUUGUUGGGCAGAUUGAUUAACUGGGGGAUAUAUAGUAGUCAUACAAAGUCUUGCAUGCUUGCUGAUUUUGUAUUGCUUUCUUAUCACCACCAUGCAUGCAAUCUAUAGUUUUGCCUUUAGCUAGAAAUAUUAGCUCUAAAUAUCUCAUGGAGAUAUGAAUUUUAUGCUGAUGUUACUUAGGGCUCUUGAUUAUAUAUAUGAGCUGAUAAUUCAGCCAUUAUCA